AUGAAGUAUUCCACUAUUAUCGCAGCUUAUUCAUUCUUUUUUGCUGUCAAUGCCGCUCCUUUGAACAAGAGAGACAACACCUGCUCGUUGCCUGAAGGUAAGGGUUUGGUGAGCAUUUCUGGAGCCAGUAACCAAGGUUGGGCUUUGAGUCCCGACCAAAAGUGUACCAGUGGUUCUUACUGUCCAUAUGCUUGUCCUUCUGGUAAGCUUAUGGCCCAAUGGAACCCAAAGGCUACUUCUUACACUCCAGGACUGUCUGAACAGGGUGGAUUAUACUGUAACAAUGAUGGUACCGUUUCUAAGCCAUUUGACGAUAAAGACUAUUGUGUCGAUGGUGAAGGUACUGUGUCGGUGAACAACAAAGCUAACAAAGAUGUGGCUUUCUGCCAAACCGUUUUACCAGGUAACGAAGCCAUGUUGAUUCCAACUAAUGCUCAAAGUGGUAAGAGUAAUACUACUCUUGCAGUUCCAGGUCCUGACUACUGGGCUGGUACUGCUGCUCAUUACUAUAUCAACGCUCCAGGUGUUUCUACCGACGAUGGAUGUGUUUGGGGAACAAAGAGCAAGCCAAUUGGAAACUGGGCUCCAUACGUUGCUGGUGCUAACACUGACAAAAACGGCAAUACUUUUGUCAAGAUUGGUUGGAACCCUAAGCACAUUGAUGAUUUCAAUGGUCAAAAGCCCAAUUUUGGUAUUAGAAUCACCUGUGACAACGAGGGUGACUGUAACGGAUUGGACUGUGAAAUAGAUCCUUCCAAGACCGGUUACAAUAGUGUUAGUGGUUCAAGUGCUGACAAACUGCAGGGUGCUGCUUACUGUGUAGUUACAGCCAAGAACAAGGCAUCUGCCAGAAUCGAGGUUUUCUCCGUAUAG